CUACGCACUUCAUGUUUUCAAACUGAAGCGGAAAUUUGUUGCUGUCAACGAAUUCGAUAAAGUUAGCAAAACCUAUGGAGAGUAAAAUGUUUCGCGAUCCGGCACUGGAACGCCAUUUCACAGGACACACUGGCAACAUAACUCAGCUGCGCUUUAGCCCGGAUGGCCAUCAAAUCGCGACCAGCGCUAUGGACGCCACUGUAAUACUGUGGAAUCUCAAGCAGGCGGCGCGUUGUAUUCGCUUUGCCUCCCAUUCGGCGGCAGUUUACGGCGUCAGCUGGUCGCCCAAGGGGAAUUUCAUAGCCUCGUGCAGUCAGGAUCGCACUGUCAAGAUCUGGGAGCCAAAGGUGCGCGGCGUCUCCGGCGAGUUUCUGGCCCACAGCAAGCCCGUGCGCAGCGUCGACUUCGACCCGACCGGACAGCUGCUGCUGACCGCCUCGGACGACAAGGCGGUCAAACUGUGGCGCGUUUCGCGGCGCCAGUUCAUCUCAUCGUUUGCCCAGCAAAACAAUUGGGUGCGUGCCGCCAAGUUCAGUCCCAACGGCAAGCUGAUAGCCAGCGUCAGCGAUGACAAGUCGCUGCGCAUCUACGAGGUGGGCACCGGGGAGUGCGUGCGCACCUUCACGGAGGAGCGUGCCGCACCGCGUCAGGUCGCUUGGCAUCCGUGGGGCAACAUGGUGGCCGUUGCCCUAGGCUGCAAUCGCAUCAAGAUCUUCGAUGUGGUUAACAGCCAGCUUCUGCAGCUGUACGUGGUGCAUUCGGCGCCCGUCAACGAUUUGGCCUUCCAUCCGAGCGGCAACUUUCUGCUGUCCGGCAGCGAUGAUAAGACCAUACGUAUUCUGGACUUGCUCGAGGGCCGACCCAUAUACACGCUGACUGGCCAUACGGAUGCGGUGAAUGCGGUUGCCUUCACCCAGGACGGCAACAAGUUUGCCACCGCGGGCAGCGAUCGCCAGCUGCUCAUCUGGGAAUCCAAUUUGCACACCUACGAUGCCUCUCAGUUUGAGGAGAAAUCCCUUUCGACGUCCUGUUGCGACACCAGCUCCACCUCGAAAAUAAGCCUCGGCGCCAAUUCGAAAGCAUCGAAUGAUCUCAGCAUUCGCAUCGAUCCGCGCGAAUCUUUGGCCUAUCAGGCACUGGACGAACACUUCCAGGUGGUUGAUAGCCAACACACAAAACAUCAGACACCGCUAGGCAGCAGCAAUUGUGCCACCAACUUGUCAGGCCCCAAACUUUCGGGUCGCAGUGAACCCAAAUCCCUGGAGCUAAAGAGCAACUAUACCACUCCGUUUUUCAACUAGUUUGACCCAAACGCACACGCACACACACACACACGCGCACACAGCUGCAUCAUCCCACUGCAAGCCCAGAGCAUAACUAGCACACCUUCCGCAGGUAUUGGAUGUGUCGCUGGAGUCGGAUUCGGGCUCGGAUUGCUGCAGCUGUGCCGCUCAGCUUGACGAGAUUUUCAACUAUUUGACGCAGCUGGACAAACGUUUAAGUCGAUUAGAAAGCUUGCACUUUGACUAAAACUUUACCUUGUGCAUAUUCCAUUUAUUCCUAAUCAUAAGUUAAUUAUAUAAACAUUUUUUGUAAA